CAAAUACUCUAAAAAGGGGGGAAAUUAGCAGAGGAUUAAUUAAAAAAAAGGGACAGUGUAGCUUCAAAACUGGUCAUAUCAUUGAAUGCCCAGUACUGAACAUGUCAUGACAAAACAACACAUCAUGGGCAUGCAUGCAAGAAUUCAAAAAAAGGAAAUUUUGAGACCAAAAAAAUUAAAAAAAUAAACAGAACCCCACACAUAAUUCCUAGCACUUUGUUAGCUAGCUUCCUCCCCAGCCUAGAUAUAAAUACAGACACUCCUUGGUGGGUUUGUAACAGUGCCUGAAGCUGAAGGAGGGUCCCCUGCAGAAUUUAUUAGAGGCCUUUCUUUUGCUGGGUUGGUGUUAUAUUUCUGUUCCUCCCACCGUUCUCAUUCCCCACUUUCUUACUUACUUCUGUUGGUUCUGAGAUCCCUCCAUGGCAUGCUUAGAAAUGUACAACUCCGACCAGCAGCACAAAGGCCACCAUUGCCCGCCAAUGAGCCCAAGAAUCUCCUUCUCCAAUGACUUUGUAGAUUCUCAGCAGAUGAUGAGGCAGCAAGAGAGAAGCCCCUUGUCUCACCCUCCUCCAGCUUCAUCAUCCGACUUCGAAUUCUCGGUCACGGGCUACUCCAUGAUGAGUGCCGACGAGCUCUUCUCCAAAGGCAGGCUGUUGCCCUUCAAGGACAACAACGGCGGCGGCCAAAUGCAGAGGACUACUAUAAGGGACCAGCUCCUCGUUGACGACGAUGGUGAUGUUGAAGUUUCGCUCCGGCCGCCGAAAGGUUCAUCGCCGCGGUGGAAAGGGCUUCUGGGUUUGAGAAGGAGCCACAUUGGGUCGAAGAAAGUUGAGAGGGUCAAUCAUAGUACUAGUGAUCAUCAGGCUCCUGUUGGUGAGAUCUGUAUAAGACCUGGCAGUGGUGGUUUUGUUCAUGACCAGGAUCAUCAGCUGGUGCAUGUUGGUCAAAGAAGUUCCCAGGAGGUUUUGAGUGAUGGAGGAUCAGGAUGCAGGGAUAUGGAGAUUGGAAUAUAGAGAGGAAGAAGUACUACUGAAUACUGAUGAAUUGAAGUGAGUAGUACCUGUUUGGAAAAGUUGUUAGCGGAAAUGAUAGUUUCUGUUUUUUUUCUUUUCUUUUCUUUCUUUUUCUCAUCCAUCUUUUUGAGGGGUUUCUUGUGGUCGGUAGUUGGAGAGGGGGAGGAAUGGUGGGUGAAAUUUUAGUUGAGAUUUUUACCUACUGUGGGUUUGGAUUGAGAAAUUUUUUUUCCUAAGAGAUCUUUACUGUUAGCUGCUUAAAUUCGAAGUUAUGGUUAUCUUUUGUAUUCAUCUCUGUUCUUUUUUUUUGCUUCCCCUGUUCUUGGGGAGAGCUUCCAUAUCUCAGUUCUUCCUAGAAGUUAGAGUCGUCCCAUGCUUUCCCUUUUCUUGUACAAAAGUGAUUUUUGUAAGUUCGGAAGUCGGAAAAGUUGAUUGAGAAAUGAGAAUAGAUCUGUCUCUGUCCAACCCUCACUCUAAAAAGAAACGUUUCGUCUAACCUUCCAAAGAAACUCACUUUUGACUGGGCAUAAAAAAAAAACGACACAGAAAAUCAGAAGUGUUGACUGUAUUAAGAUGGGGUAAGUUGGAAGAAGGAAGAUACAUUUAAUAUGUGU